UGAUGACGUCAUGGGAAAUCACCUUCCCUGAUGGUUUAACCGCUGCUACGACUCCAUGCAUGUUUGUGAAAAGAAAUCAAGAUCAUGGGUGACUUGGCUAGAGUAGACAUCAACCUGUACAUAGGGAGCAGGGACGAUGCCAGUGACACAGAGACAUUACAACAGAAAGAAGUGACACACAUUCUGACCAUUGAUGUGAAGCCACUGCCUACUACACAACAAAUGACAUUUCAGUGUAAAUUCAUCCAUGCUCUGGAUGACCCAGAGACUGACCUUCUGAGUUAUUUUGAAGAGUGCAUUCAGUUUAUUGAGGAUGGAGUGAAGAUGGGAGGAGUGCUGGUGCAUUGUGCAGCAGGGGUGUCUAGGAGUGCCACCAUAACAGCAGCUUAUCUCAUGAGAAAGCACAAUAUAGGCGUUGAGGAAGCUCUUGGCAAAAUUGAAGAGAAGAGACAUGUUGGGCCAAACCCAGGAUUUAUGCAACAAUUACACUUAUUCGAAGAAAUGGGUAGUAGACUUGACCAGAAACAUCCAAAGUAUAAAAUUUAUUUCUGGAAUAAAUUGUCUGCCAGGGUACAAGCAGCACGUUCCUUAGAAGACAUUAAUGCAGAUACAUUAGAACCUGAUCCCUCUGUGGGAGGAACUGGUGGCGAAACAGUGUAUAGAUGUAAAAAGUGCAGACGCAUUCUUUUCAAACAGACCAGCUUUUUGUCUCAUUCUGAGGGUACAGGCGAAGCUGCAUUUGACUGGAGGCGAGACAGUAUAAAACAUGAUGGCAGCCAUAGCAGUAGUGAUGAAAAAGAGACCAUGUGCUCACAGUCUUACUUCAUAGAACCAGUGCAAUGGAUGUCUGACUGUAUCAGUAGUCUAGAGGGGAAACUUUCUUGUCCGAAGUGCAAUGCCAAACUAGGGUCUUUUAAUUGGGCAGGGGAGAGAUGCCCAUGUGGAGCUUGGAUCACACCUGCUUUCCAUAUUCAGAUACAGAAAGUGGACAAAUCAAGUCCAAGGAGUCUACCAGUCACAGUGCCCCCUCAGUGUAGAACUACUGCUAAUCAAACAACAUUAACUUAAGCCCUGUAUUCCACUGGGCACUGAAUGAAAAUUUGAUACAGACUGCGCUGCAUUUUGAAUAAAGAUUUUAAUUUUUUAUUUAAAUAAACAGUCUGAGUAAAAAUACAGAAGAAUUAGAUGUAUUAUUAAAGACAAAUAAUCCACUGAAGCAGUGAUUAAGGGCAUUAAUUUUACAGUUCUCUAUGCCAUUCACCAUUUUCUACUUUCACUUUUGAUUCAACCAUGAUGGCUUCAUUUAGGAAUUCAAAACAUUCAUGUUAACAUGUACAUUUGCUGUUGCUUGAGAAGACCUAUAUUUCUUUACUCAACUUUAUAAUCUACUGUCACACAAGUUUUUUCCUGAGCUGUAAAUUAAUAAUAAUCAUCCAGAAAUUUUAACAAAAUUUGUGAAGAUACCAAACAUACAAACUUUAGUGAGUAUAUAAUGGAUCCAAUGCUGCACUA